AUAUAUAUAUAUAUAUAUAUAUAUAUAUAUAUAUAUGUGACACUUUUAACAGUUUUAAUUGUCCAAUCCAAAUUGUUCGGCGAUAACGAUGUGAUUGGAAUGUGGAGUGUAAUUACUCAAAUUAAAUUUAUCAUUGUUGUUAAAGGAGAUACGUGAAUCAGGAAUACGUGAAAGGAAGCGAGAUUUAUUGUUGCCGUGCUAUAGAAAUCUUUUGUCGGACAUGCGAAAAGGGGAAAAAAAUUUGAUUUAAACGCAGCAAAGCUGUACAGAACAGAAUUAUACGUUAAUCGCGCCAAAUAUAAAACACACGUGUUUGUUUGAUGCACAAAGUCCCGGCUGAUUGGCCGACGGGGAUGUUUAAAAGUUCGAAAAUACAGAUACGAAAUAUCAAUGAACUCUGCAAUAAAUUGUAACUCGGAUAAAAUUGGAGUGGCGUCCCGAAAAUUGUUCGAUAGCUACGAAAAUGUGAAGCUCCGCACGUGUAGAAAAGUAACGCUUCUCAAUCCGCGUAAGGCAGCGGAAGCUACGAAGUGAAAAGUUCCAACGACGGCCGAAAGAGCAGUCGUUCUCCUUCGCAUCCAGUUCUGAGCGGCAGCCGGAAAAAUUAUUUUUACUUCAAUCGCGAGUGUGUGUGCUACGUCGCAGUUGUCGCUUCGUACCAUUGUGAGUUUCUUAAAGAUUAUAUUCUACAAUAUUUUUCUACUUCUGUGAUUUUUUUCGCACAGUGUUUCUUUCGCGAAAAAAAAACGCUGAGUUGUUCUAGAAAUUGCAACAAAUUUGGUGAUAAUUCGGACUGAGUGCUCUAUUCUUAUAAAUAUUAAGUUAUUAUCACGAAAUGAAGAAUCUCAGAUUUGACUAAAUUGCUAAGCAUUAAUAAAUUUGGUGAGACAAUUUCCAAAGCACUGAACUUGGUGUUGUGGAAAUCAACAAACGAGUGGCAAAUGUCCAAAAUGUUGCGAAUAGAAUUAGUGGGCCUACUAUUGUUGGCCUGCACGCAAAUUCUUACGGAGCACCGCGACUUUCAUGAAUCACGGGAUCAAUAUGGUUACCAUCAGCGACACUCUUUUCACGACACUCAGGAAAGAAUAACGAGGGAGGUGCGCGUCAAGGAAGGCCGAUUACGCGGCAUGGUGGUCCAACCCAGAACCAAUCACAAUUUGCAGCUGGUCGACGUCUUUCUCGGAGUUCCUUACGCGGAGCCUCCCGUGGGAUCCUUCAGAUUUUCUCCGCCACGCUCACCGCAACCGUGGAGGGGGGUGCGGCAGUCGCAGGAAUUCGCCCCAGUUUGCCCGCAAGUCUUGCCGAAUCUUCGUGAGGAAGUAAAACCGGGCAGGUACGAGUACCUGGAGAGACACUUGCCGUACCUGAGAAACCAGAGCGAGGACUGUCUGUACCUCAACAUCUACGCUCCCCAUCAGGCCGAAGGUCAGAAAUCUCUGAAAAGAUAUCCGGUUAUGAUGUUCAUCCAUGGUGAAAGUUUCGAAUGGAACAGCGGUAAUCCUUACGACGGUACUAUAUUGGCGGCUUACGGCAACGUCGUUUUUGUUACGAUUAAUUUUCGACUUGGCAUCCUAGGUUUUCUGAGACCUGGAAUUAGAGAUGAUACAGCAAGUAAUUUCGGACUGUUGGAUCAAAUAGCGGCACUGCUCUGGUUAAGGGAAAACAUUGCGGAGUUUGGCGGCGAACCUAAUAGCGUUACUUUGAUCGGCCAUGGAACUGGAGCUAUCUUUGCCAAUCUGCUUCUAAUUAGUCCAGUUGCUAACAAAAAAGGAUUGUUCAAACGGGCUAUUCUGAUGUCUGGAUCAGCAAUGAGCGCGGACGCCAUCGGCAAGGCGCCAUUGCAAAUUACCAAGCAGGUGGCUCACGCUCUCAACUGUCCCACCAUCAGCGACAGCGAGCUGGCGCUCUGCUUGCGCAACCAGGACGUAGACAGGCUGCUACAUGUGAAAAUCCACAAGCCGAAAUACGUGCCGGCCUACGCACCGCUGAUCGACCGUGCCGUCAUCCCCGACAAGCCGCUCAAUUUAAUGGAGGACGCCCAGCUCUUCGGCAGGUUCGAUCUGAUGUACGGCGUAACGGAAUCCGAGAAAUUUCACAUCCUGCCACCAGUUGCUUUGUUACACGGCAUGCUUGAUGGACAACGAGAUGAAAUCCUGCGAGACCAUGCCAAAGCGACGCACGAGCUGGAGCCGGAGCUGAUCCUAUCGAAAGUGUUGGAGCAGUACGGCGACUUCGCAAGCGGUUUCACGAAAGAGUACGCGACGAAGAAUCGGGACAUGGUGCUGGAGGCGCUCUCCGAUAGUGGCACCGUGGCGCCGUUAAUAAUGACUGCCAAUUUGCAUUCAAGGGCGUACCCGAAGAGCUACAUGUACGUCUUCUCGCAUCCGAAAGCUAUGCAAGACUACUCUGGUCAACAGCGUCAACACACGGUGCACGGAGAAGAGUUGCCCUACGUACUGGGUGUUCCAUUAGGCAGCAAGUACAACUUACGGGGUCGAUACGACAUCAGAGAGACACUGUUCUCAGAAGCCAUUAUGAAUUGGUGGUGCAGCUUUGCCUACGUCGGGAGUCCCAACAGCGCGAAGCGAUAUUCCUAUCUCACUAACGUGUUCAAGGAAUGGGGUCAGUAUGAGAUCGAGUGGCCGGAAUAUGAUCCUGUCAAUCAGACGUAUUUCAAUCUAACCAUACCGCCUAACAUAGGUGCGCACUACCGCUCGGCGGAGAUGCAGUUCUGGAAUGAGGACCUGCCCAAUCUGCUCAGGCACCCGAAUAAAGACAUUUCGGGCCCGACACGACCGAGAGGACCGCGACCGCAGAUUCUUGACUUUGCCGACGGGAUUGGCAAGUAUGCCAACCGUACUGCCAAUCGGAAGUACGAGAGCUACGAUACUGGGUAUACGUCCAGCAACACAGAGAAGACGCCACUUUCAACUGCAGUUACAACGGGUGGGAGCGCCGGGGAGGGCUCGUCGAUAGAGCCGAGCACGUUAAGAACCUCGUCGGCGAUGAUGAUGGUGAUUGUCUUCUUCGUGGUGUUUAUACUGAUAAACUUCACCGCCUUCCUAUACAUCUAUUAUAAGAAGCAGAAUAUAAAGGGGAAAGAGAAAUCGUUGAAGAGACGUGGCAGCGAGAAGAAAAACGAUUCUGUCAAGAGGUCAAAAACUGAUAAACACGAGAACCAUUACGGCCAGAUAGGCUACAAAAGCGACAGCAAGCCAGAUUUGAACGACGUGAUAAAGAACGACAAGGCAUACGACAACAACUCCAACUUCGGGCGCAGAUCGAAGCUAUCGAGGCAGAAUUCCAGCUCCACCAUCGACACCCAUAUCAAGGUUAGAGAAUGGAUUCAGCAGGAGAUUGUGCACAGAUGUUCGCCGAGGUUCUUACGUAAAACGCGAGAAACAUUGCAGAAGGAGCAUCAGGAGAAGCUGAGUAAACAGCAGCAAGAGGAGAAGCAACGUAUAGAAGAAGAAGCGUUGAAGGAAAGAAAGGACGAGCCGAUAUACGACGAGAGUCCGGCGUUAGUGGUGCGCCCGGGAAAAAAGUCAAAAUUGCCCAAAAUUUCCGUGGCCAUUGACGCCACUCCGGCGACCAGAACAGAGUCCAUUCUGAAUCAAGUGCCGAUCGAAUUAACGAAGAGUAUCGAAACGACAAAUGAAUACGAGCCGAGCGCGCAACAGUUGAUGACCCCCGAAGUGGUCGUCAUAGAGCACCAUCACUCCAGGAGCGAUCCUCUGCCGAUGGAAAACGUUUUGAAAACGAUGAAACCGAAUUUCUCCACUCCAAGGAUUCACGAGACGUCGGAUUCGGGUAGCGCGAGCAGCUUGUACGCCAAGAUUAACCCGAAAUUGAAGUCUCGCUUGCCCCGUCCUGGUCUGGGAAUAAACGCGGAAGCGUCCGCGUUGCCCGAACAAUCGAGAUACGAGAAUCCGCACGACGAGGAGAUCUACGUAAAGACCGGACCGAUCUUGACGACCUUCGGCACGAAUGACGUAAAUGUCACGUGUCAAGAACCCGCCGCGGAGAGAGAGUGCAUCAGUCCCGAGGAGGCCUUGAAGACGAUAAAACGUCGAAACUAUCCCAAAGUGCUGCCGGAUAUCGAGAAGAGGCGAUCGCUUCCGGCGCCGAGCAGCCUCUUCGUGCCGAAACAGUACGCGAAUUCGUUGCAAGACUACAAGAACGGUAAUCGCGUGAACUUGUUCUCGAAUCAACCGCCGUUACCGCCGCCGAGAAUAUUUCGAACCUCCAAGAGCUUGGAGAAGAGCAGUUUCUUCGCCGAGGAAAACGAAAGCCAGAUCGAAAACGAGCCGAUCACUACGAACCUGCACGUGGGUCCGUUGCUAAAAAGGCCGGACUCCGGGCGAAAUAACUCCGAUCCGAACAUAAUCGAUUCCUUGGAAGGAAAUAGAGGUGUCCAGGCGGGCGGAAGUGUCGACGCUAUUUAUGCUAAUCCAAAGUGCCCGCUACACGGGAGUCAAUAUCCCUUCUCGCCGACCUCGCAGAGCGUCGACGACGAUAUCGGCAAGUCUUCCGGACUUUUGGACGUGGGCAACCCAAAUUGGUACAAACCGGCGGCAGCGGGCGAGUCGUCAGCUAUAAUGACGUCGACCGCGUCGGAACCGCAAAUCGUGAUCAGCAGCAGGGACGAGCGAAGCGCCAUUGGCGUCGCGACGCCAACGACGGAACCGAAGAUCGUGAUCACGCCGAGAACGGUUAAUCCGUGUCAAAUCAACCGACAGCCGAGUCCAACGGCGCGUCCCGACGAUAAGAUCGAUCACGAACCGCCGAGAACGAUUGAUCCGGCGCGAAAUGCGGGAUUAUCGGAAGGUACAAAUACUUCCGGCGCGGGCGGUUUGGUGAUUUCGCGAGAAACGGAAAAGAGGGAGCCGCGGAUAAUCAUUACGGCGCGGGAGCCGAGGAAUUGCGCCCCGGCGGGCGGUCUCAAACACCCGAAGAUCAUCAUAAAGCCGACGGCGACUCUACCGAGGAGCAGGGAUCAAAGGAAUAUACCGAAGGUGUCAGCCAUACCGUCGCCGGAACAGCAGAAUUGUCAGAACAGCGAGCGAGAUAGAGCUGCGCUGGAGCAAAGGGAAAAGCCGUCCCUGAGGGAGAAGCCGAGGGUCACGAGGAUACCGUCGUUCUCACGCAGGCGGGAGGAGCCUGGUAUUGAAAAGCCGUCGUACGUAGAGAGGACAGAAAUCGCCCCGAGAACGGAGGCAGCCAGUAAAAUCACAAACGCGCCAUCGACAUCCGACGCCAAGUCGGGCAUACCUAUGCCAGGGACAACAGCAACGAUGACGCCAAAGAGCGAGAAGACCCCGAGCACGGACUCGUCGUCCGCGAGCAACGGGAAUUCCAGUAACUCGAAUACCGGUACGAUCAAACGGAAGCCGGCGAACAAGAAAUAAUUGGCGGCAGCCAAUUCGAGAGCGCCACGCGUUAUAUAUCCCGUCCUCUAUUUCGCGAACGACGCGUAGAUGUAGAUGAAACGCAGAUGGGUCUCUAUCAUUCCGGCCAAGUGUCGAUAUACAGUCCUGAUGGCGCCCAAUCUCUUCCGCGAUACAUUCGCAAGUGUGUGCGUGCUCAUAAUAGCAACGAAAUUAACAGAGCGCUAUUUUCUCUUUACGUUCAAACUCUAUUUAAAUCGCGCGGUCUCUUUUUUGAAUCUUUCUUUAUUUAUAUGAUGCUGAACUCGUCAAAUCACAGGAUUAGUCUCUUUAGGAUUAACGGUACAUUAUUUAUUACUAUUCUAGAUAUGGACGUUGCAAUAAUGCAUGUUAUUAUAACUAUCUUUAUUGUUAUUAAUUGCAUCAUGCUACUUUUCUAUGACUAUAAUUAGAAUUACGCGACAGACACACACAUAAUCUAAUUGUAUAUCAUGUAAAUAAUAAUGCUGUGAAUGUUUAUGAUACUUUGAAUAGAGUGACGAUAUUUUUAAGAUUUAGACUAGUGAAACGAGCUAUAUUAUAUGUCGACAAGACAUAUAAAUCGCUUUCGCGAGCGUUUUUAAACUGGUUAGACGUCAUGAGUUAGAUGUUAAUAAUUUUCAAGGCAUUUGCUCUUUUGUACGCCCAUAACUUUAUACGAUGAAAAUAAACGUUUUUCGUACUUUUCCAACAGAAAACUCGAAAUGAGAGAAUACAUCCUAUCACCGAUUCAUCUUUCCUUCCUUUUUUUUUUACAUAAACGCCAUGUAUCCCGCGAUGUUACAUGUGUCUCGCAAACUUUGUUAUUAAGUGAAGCGGGUCUAUAAGUCGCUCCAGAUGUAGCGGGGGGAACGGCAGGCUAAAAUGGUCGGCGAGUUCUCACUUAUAUCAUACCGAUGGAUCGAAUUGAUUUUCAAAGUUCGCCCGAUAAUGGGAUUCUCCUCUCUAACGUCGCCGUGCGGAAAGGAAGAGGCCAUUUUCACGGUGAACCCACUUCUACCCUUCCCGCAAUCAGUCUGUCUCUCUAUCGCCUGUCGUUCAUCUCUUUCACCCUACUUUUCUCGUGUUUUCGUUUCAUCUUGUUCUACGUCAUUCGAUCUGUUCAAAAGCGACAGCCUGAUCAGAGUUCAAGGAGCGAAAA